AUGAUAUCAUUAGAAAUUCAAGGAUUAAUUCAAAUAAAACCAUCUCAAUCACAAAUUAUUGAAACUAUUUUUCAAUCAUCAUUAAAAUAUUGUUUUAUAUUCAUGUCGGUUAAUUUUAAUUAUAAAAAUGCUGAAGGAAUAAAUCAUUUUAUUUUAUUUCAUUUUAAUAAUACAAAUGACAAAUUCAUUAAAACAGAAUUAAUUUGGAAAGAAAUUAUAGCUCGUUUAAAAAGUCCAAUGGAAGUUCUUGAAAAUGAACAAAUUAUUAUUAAAGAUGAAAAUCAACAAAUUUUCCCAAAAGGUGUUUUGCAAUUUAUUGAAUUUUUACUUAUGUUUGGUUCAUAG